AUUCCCGAUUUUCUAUCCACUUUUCUACACUCUCGGCUCGCGACUCGUUACUCGAUCACGUACAGAUCGUCUGCAUCUUCGAGCCCGACCCGCCAGGCUAGCCUCGACUCGACACGAGGCCUCGUCUGACCUUUCAGAACGCCCGGACGAACUCAACUGGCUUCGUUACGACGAAAAUCGAUCGUCAUCUCGAGCAGGUCCACCGAAGGCGUACCGUGUCGCUCUGGUCGACAGACAAACGACGAAGCUCUGCCGUCAAGAAUGUGUAGGGCAUUGUCAACACUUGCACGUCAUCAAUACCUCAUCCUUCGAGUCUGUUUGGUUGUCCCCUCAAACGGUACACUUUCAAGGUAUUCCUUCUCUCACCACCAUUGUCCGUUUAUUUCCACUCUCUCCAGACGUCUGU